UUUUUAUUGAUAUUUCAAAUUUACAGUUAUUGUAAUGUUAAUGUCAAAUCACUGUUUAUUCUUUAUAUACAAAAUUAAGUCGUAAAUUAUGUCAAAAAACGUACUAACGCGUAAAAUUGCAAGAACAGUGUUUAUACUGCUCCAAAAAACCGGAGGUCUUAGUUUGAAAAAGCUGCAUGAAUGCAUCAGACAGGUGUACCCGAAGACAUCCCUCGAUAUUAUUAAAUUGAAUAAUGUUUUACAUAAAGCUGCCGCUAUAGGUGCCGUUCAAAAAAAGAAUAAUAGAUAUUGCCUAGGAAGUUUGAUUAAAAAGCGACAAACACCUGGUACAGCCCGUAAGAGAUUACCACUAAGACGAGCUUGUAGUAGAUGUAAAAGAUCACGUAGAAAAAGAAGUGGUAAAAGGGGCAGGAGUAGAUCUAGAAGAAGAAGACCUCGACGUUAAUGUGCAGUGGUUUUGUCAAUAUUGUUGUGGGACUGUAUAUUAAAUAAAUAUUAUCGACAUAAAUCCACCAGGAAAAAA